AUGAGGAAACAAGAUCUGAAGAGAGAGCCAGACGAGCACGAAGAAGAGCUGGUCGAGCCCUCGGGUAGUGUUGUGCAUGCGUCGGGGCUAAUGUUCCUGAUCUCUGUGCUUCAUCGAGCAAGAUAUGGGUCCUCAAACCGGAAGUUGCCAAGUACAUGGAAGACUAUACGAAGAGAAUACCAAGUCAGCCUAAUGCCAGCGGCUAUCGUCUCCGAGAUUAUCCUCCUUACAUGGAUCAUGUGGGUGCAAAACAGUCGUGCAGCGAAACAUAAAAGUCCAAAGAAAUGGAUCUCUAUCGGGUGCAUAAUAGAGCAAGCACGAAAUGUUGAUCGGAUGCACGACUACCACAAGAAAGGCUGCCUGACGUUCUCCGUGCCAAUGAUUAGUAUUAACAAUACUUUCACAGCCUACCCUCGCAACAUCGAGUACACUCUCAAAACCAAUUUCUGCAACUAUCCCAAGUCGCAGGGGGAUCGAAGCUUUAGAGAACCAACUGGACAUGCGACGAUGGCACCAGCGUCGUCCAAGCUUCGUGACUUUAGCAUCCAUGCGUUCCGCACGGAGGCUUUGAAGCUCGGGCAAGUGCUGGCCAUCGCCGCCAGGAACGGACAAAAAGUUGAUCUUCAGCAACAACAGUGGACAUUUUGUCCCGCUUUAUGUCGAUCACCGAUGGGUGACCAGACCUACACCGAUGAGCGAUUGCACGAUGUUGUCAUAGCUGGAAGGAACACCACAACUAUUACGCUGUCGUGGUUUUUUUCGAACUUUGCAGUAAUCCACAAGAAGAUACUGGAGGAAGUGUCGAAUGUGCUUGCGGCGCACCUGGACCUGAGCAACUCCAUGGAUGCAGCUAGUUUCGGCGAGAGAGUCCUCGAAUUCGCCCAGCGGCUGAAAUACGAGAGUCUCAGUAAGAUGCACUAUCUGCACGCAGCCAUCACCGAAGCUCUGCGCCUCUACCCUGUAGUGCCUCUGAAGGGAGGGUUCUUUAGCUACUCUCCUUAUUCCAUGGGAAGGCUCGAAUAUCUGUGGGGCUCUGAUGUCGCGGAGCUCGUCGAAAUUGAGCCCAGAGAGUCACUAGUUUUAGGGCACUCAGACCUCAGCAGUGGCGAUUGCAAAUCAGCAUCGCCAUUUGUUUUGGUUGAAUUUAAGAGAUGCUGCCUCUCUGCCUGGUACGCUUCAGAAACGGUCAUAGAAUAG